UCUGUCUUUUUUCUUUAUCAUGGAAUGCAUUUCUUUAUUUGUGUCUUCCAUGACUCUUCUUUUAUUUCUAUAUAUAGGCACAGCUGAAGGGAUUCUAGCCGUUUUCUGAGUUUCCUUUCAUGCUGCCUUCACUCGUUCAUUCACAGCACAUAAUAUUUUGUCACUUCUCUCAGGGGGGGAUUUUUUACUUUAUUUUCUAAUAUUCGUUCCUACGCUCAUCUGAAGAUUCCGAAUCCAGCCUCCGUUUCAUUCCAACCCCAUCAUCUGCGUUCUAGCACGGAUUGUAGGAUCUAAACUGGAACCAUGUUCUAUUUCCAGCUGGUGAUCAUGGCCGGAACAGUUCUCCUGGCAUACUACUUUGAGUAUACGGACACGUUCCCGGUGCACAUCCAAGGGUUCUUCUGCUUUGAUAAAGCCUUCUCCAAGCCAAAUCCUGGACCUGAAGAUGACAGCAAAGCUGCUCCAGUGCUGGUCUAUUCGCUGGUCACCGCCAUCCCCACCGUCACCAUACUGCUGGGGGAGCUCGUAUCCUUCUUCACUAAACCAGAGGACACACAGGAGAAGACCAUAGUAACGGCUGACUGCUGUUAUUUCAACACGCUGCUGAGACGCAUUGUCCGUUUUCUUGGUGUGUACUCCUUUGGCCUCUUUACCACCACCAUCUUUGCCAAUGCAGGACAGGUGGUGACAGGAAAUCAGACUCCUCACUUCCUGUCAACAUGCCGCCCAAACUACACAGUGCUGGGAUGCCAUUCGCCAAUGCAGUACAUCACAGAGCGCCGUGCAUGCACUGGGAACCCUUACCUCAUCAUCUCUGCCCGCAAAUCUUUUCCCUCAAAAGACGCAGCGCUGAGUAUGUACUCUGCUGUCUAUACGGUGAUGUACGUAACUCUGGUGUGGCGCACUAAAGGCACAAGGCUUACUAAACCCACUCUGUGUGUGACUCUUCUCUCAUUGGCUGUUCUGGUGGGCAUUGUGCGUGUAUCUGAGUACCGCAAUCACUGGUCUGAUGUUCUAGCGGGAUACCUUACUGGGGGAGCCAUUGCUGCUUUUCUGGUCACGUGUGUGAUCAAUAACUUCCAGCAGACCGAGCCUCCCCUACCACCCAUGCCGUCCCCUUUGCAGCCCCCGCGCCCAGACCCCCCGCUCAACAUGCCCAUGUUGGCCAUGCCCUGUAUAGAGAGUCCACUCGAAAAGUUCCAGGGGUUUUGUACACAGGCAUCACAUGACCAUCAGCCAUACCUGGCCCCCGCCCCUCCCGAUGUUCUCAUCCACUCUCGUCGCUCCAUCUCCAGCGCAGUCUAGACAUGCCUUCUGAAUACUCCACCUGCACCCGUCCUAGACCCUCUCUCACAAGAUCAUACUCGACUCAGGUCUAGAGCUGUCCCAUACUCACCUCUAUUGCCCCCUUCUGGAUGACAGAAGCAAUGACAGCAAUAUUGAUAUUUUAGUCUGGAUUGCUCAAUGUUUUUCUUAAUCAUCAUGGUUUCCCUUUCUUGUAUUUUGGCAGGGUAUUUUAAUUAUUAUUAAUGUUAUAUAAUUAAAGGAACAUGUUCCAUCUCAUAAUAAUCUUCCACCAAUUUCAGAAUAAUUACAGCAUAAUGCUAUUAUUAAUUGAAGGUGUUGCUAUAUUAACAUUCUGUAUCCAUUACAAAAAUAUUUUUCCAUGUAACAGCCAUACAUAAACUGAAUAUCUACUGUGAAAUGAAAGAUUUCAGAUUUUCUGAAGUGAAGGAUACAAAAUAUUACAAUUCUAUUUUUGAAAUAUAGAGAGAUUGGUAGGAUGUAGCACUCAAAUAGUAACACAUUUUUGGCUAUAGGUUCAUUUAAAACUGAAGUAUUGUUUUCUGAAUACACACUACACCUGCCGUUGAUCAAACAAAGCGAGACUCCAUUGGUUAUGUUAUUGGGGCGGGUCUAAAUGGGUCGCUCAAAACAAACAGAGGAAUUUUUAUAGUGCCACAGAGACAGUGUUUACAGUUUUCUUGAAAAUUAACCUCUGAAUAGCUUAAAUAUAGUUGUAUUGCAUAUUAAGCUGGGAUAGGAGAAAGUAUUAUAACACUGAAAAGGUUACAUCAGCUUUACUCUAUCAAGUAACAAUAGAAAAAAUAUUAGAUUAUUUCAAACAAGGGCCUAAUAUACUAACAAUAAUAUAAUAAUAAAUAAAAAGAGAAUUUCAACACUAUAGUAUUAUCUGUAAUUUAAGGGUAAAAUGUACAGGAUGUAGCAAAUAUGUACAUGUAGUUUUAUAUCUUGCAUUGUAUAAAAUGUUAUUUUUUUUCCCCUUUAUAUUGUUGAUUUAUCAAUGUACAUAUCCUAAUUGCAUCAUUGACAUUGUCAGUUUAUUUAUAUAAUUCAGAACCAAAAAAUGUAUGACACGUCAGGUUUUAUCCUAAGGUUUAUUUGGGACAACAACUGUACCACCAGCCAAACUCCAGUCCUCUCAAAUGUCUGACUGUCCCUGUCUCACCAUAAAAUGAUAUACAUUUGUAAAUAACUCUUUUACACGUUGCAAUUGCCAUUUUACAUAAGACAAAUUGGUAUGUUACCAUUAAACAACUUAACUUCAUGAGACUUGUUAAACUGAACAGAGGGAUAUAUUCUGUAAAGCUUGUUGUCAGACAUUUUGUCUAUUGAUGUUAUUGUCUAUUUUGUAAGCCAGCAUUUUUUCAACAUUGUACAUUCACUGAAGGAAGUGAGAUAACGCUUCUUUAUGUAAGACGGUGCUUGGAUGUGACUGUUCAGGUUUAGAG